AGCAACAAAGUCACCAAACUAAAAAACUUCAGGAGAUCGAUUCAGCGAGUGGCGAUGGAUGCGGCGGCGGUGAUGCAGAAGCAGCUCAGGCGGCUCCGCACGCUCGGCCGCGGCGCGUCGGGCGCCGUGGUGUGGCUCGCGUCGGACGACGCGUCGGGGGAGCUGCUGGCCGUCAAGUCGGCGGCCGGCGCGGGCGGGGCGGAGCAGCUGCGUCGCGAGGGGCGCGUCAUGUCCGGGCUCUGCUCCCCGCACAUCGUCCCGUGCCUCGGUUCCCGCGCCGCGGCGGGCGGGGAGUACCAGCUCUUCCUCGAGUUCGCACCGGGCGGGUCGCUCGCCGACGAGGCCGCCAGGAGCGGGGGCCGCCUCCCGGAGAGCGCCGUCCGCGCGUACGCGGCGGACGUGGCGAGGGCGCUGGCCUACCUCCACGGUAACUCGCUGGUGCACGGGGACGUCAAGGCCAGGAACAUCAUGGUCGGCGCCGACGGGCGGGCCAAGCUCGCGGACUUCGGGUGCGCCAGAAGGACGGACUCCGAGCAGCCGAUUGGCGGCACGCCCGCGUUCAUGGCCCCUGAGGUGGCGCGCGGGGAGAAGCAGGGCCCGGCCGCCGACGUGUGGGCCCUCGGCUGCACCGUCAUCGAGAUGGCCACCGGCCGCGCCCCGUGGAGCGACAUGGACGAUAUCUUCUCGGCCGUCCACCGGAUCGGGUACACAGACGCAGUGCCAGAGAUGCCCGGAUGUCUCUCCCCGGAAGCGAAGAACUUCUUGUCCAAGUGCUUCACAAGAAACCCCCGGGACCGCCCGACCGCCGCGCAGCUACUGGAGCACCCAUUUCUCGCAUCCGCCUCCGGCGACAUCGACGCAACGGCGCCGAAGCACGGCUGGGUGUCCCCCAAGAGCACACUCAACGCGGACUGCUGGGAAUCCGAUGACGACGACGACGAGGGCAUGUCACAAAGCGCAACCAAGAGGAUCGGCGCAUUGGCGAUCACCUGCUCUGCGUUGCCGGACUGGGACUCAGAGGAUGGUUGGAUCGACUUGCAAAGCGACCAAACUGAAGCUUCGGAAACACCGGCGCCCAUGGUGAUUGCCGGUGCAGAUUUUGGUCUUUGGUGGGAAACAUUGGACGGGGAGAUUGAUCUCCAUUUCGUUGACGUGGAUGACGAUGACUAUGUUACGCGAACUGUUCGAGCGCGUGGUUUCAUGGAGUACGACAGACCACUGGGCGUGAGAGUGAGUAGUGAUAUGCUAUUGAGUCCGGUUGAUUGCCAGCGGAACGACACUGUAAAAUUCGGUUGUCCUUGUGACGAGAACAAAGUAAUAAAUUUUGAAUUUGCACAAAUUCUGUCAAUUCUUCACAUUCUUUAUAUUUUUGUGAAAAUGAUUCGUACUACAAACGCGGAUACUCACAGGAUAAAAGAUAAUGCAAUAUAUAGAACUGGCUACGUUACUGAGUUCAUUUAG